AUGGCUGCUGCACAUUUUUCAGCUCAUUUCAAGAAGGACCCUAAGGCAAGGCACAUUGUGCAGGCUCUGGGACGAUUUGUGUCCUCGCUGGCUGCAGAAGCUUCUCUGUCCACUUUCCCAAACACAUCGACUACACUCGUACACAAGUUGUUGUGCCCUAACUUCUCUGGCAGUUUGAGUCGUCUUUACGCCUGCUUUCUUGAGACACUGAAGGAAAUGGCUCGACGGGCCGGUUAUGAAGGUCCUUCCUUCACUGAGGCGCUCAAGGAGACCGGACUGCAGGCCAUGCUCUCUGAGGCUGGAUUUUGUUCGGCAAUGUGUCUCAUAGGUCGAAACGGGCAAGGGAUCGGAACAACUGCUCUUGGCCGGUGGGGGACAGCUUGUGAGGCAAGAGCGAUCGCUCAAGGCGGGGAAGCUGCCGAAAAGUUCGGAAGUUUUCUUGACUCUCUUUACGACCAAUUGGAUCAGUCAGCUGGCGAAUUCCUCGACAAUGAAGGUGUUGGCCUGUACGAACACCAAAGUACGUAUAUUUUCGACUCUAGGAAAUUUUUCACAAAAAAUCGCGUAAAGGAAGCUGUAUGAAAAUGCAUACGAUAAUUUAACCAAUGACUCGGGCUGAUGCCCAGUUAUCUAUCAUGUGAGGUGUCACCCACCGCACACCUUUGUCACGAAUUCACAUUUCGAGACAGGAAAACAGGCGAGCUCUGAAUUUAGUCGGGCUUAAUAAGGUCCUCUUUUCUUAUCCUUGCUUGGGCGAUUACGUGGCCGAAUACCCGUUGACUUACAGGCUUGCCUCCCAAGCAGCACUCGUUUCAUGUGCUGUGCUCCACCUUUACCUUUCAAGCCCAUAAUGACUGACUUCGGCGACUCCGUACCACGACUUGACUAGGUUUCAAGUGGUCGUCUGACGGCCAGAUUUCGACUUGAUGACAGCCGACGGUAAUCUCUGGAGGUGACAGACCGUGCCGUAUAUCUAUGUGGGAGGCUUGCCUUAAUGGAAGCCUUUUCUACGUUUAACUCGACAUUGUGGGCUUGGUUUACUCUGACUCUGGAAGUUCCAAAGAAAUUGAAGGAAGACGUUCUUAAUGAUUAAUGCGCUGCCCAGUUUCACCCUUAUCCACUUGGCAGUGUUCGACCCAAGAUACCGAAAAUCCCCACUAUUUUAUGUCUUACCAUAAAUAGGUAAACAUCCGAAGACGAAUCGCGAGGCCUUCUUUAUCAUGGAGGCACUAAGUCCCAGACCUACCUUAACGGCCUGUCGGCCGUUAGGUCAUUGUCUGAAGUAUGUUUACUGUAUUUCGAUAAAAAUCGUUCGACACAAGACUUUACCACUGCUGUUAUGCCCUUUCUCCGGCUAUCUUUAUGGUUCUUUUUUAUAAUUCACUAGUGUUCAGCCAAAUUUUCCUGUGUGUAAUGCCUUUUUUGGAAUAACAUGCCUUCGAAAUGAUUUAGCCAACGUCGACGUUUUGAGCGCAUCGCCCGAGCUGCCAAUGUUGCCUUGAGAGUGCUAAGUCAAUUUGACAGCGAUUCACUACCUUCCUUAUUUUAGCUGAUUGAGUGAGACAUUAUGACAAGAGCACCGGGGAGCUCUCUGAUUCUAAGACAAGCAUGCUCUGAAUUAAUAGACGUGUCUUAUUUAGGGACAGCUGCAAACUAAGCUCCAUCGUAUAUUCUGGUGGUCCUCUCAAAAUAGUUUAUUUGUCACACUUCCAUCUAAUCGCACGUUUACCGUCUUCAUCUGUUAGACUCAUAGCCCUUCCCCCGGAACGACAAGAAGACGCCCCUGCAGUGGUAAAUGGACUUAAAAGCCAUAAAUAGUUCCUUACGCAAUUGCGACGUUUGUACUUUAGUUGUUAUGUACGAAUCUUCAUCCGUCAUUCUUCAAGGUAGGUUAUGCACAAGUCAACUGGUUAGGCAUUAACAGCAGGAUACUAGGGUUCAGGUGGUGUGCAUAAAUACCGGCCAUCCUCUCUUUGUAGGCUUAUUGAACCACAGCUGUGAGCCCAACACAUAUGUGCGCUUUGAAAGUGGUACCAACGAACUGCAAAUUGUCGCCAAGCAGGAGAUUCCGCCAAACGUCGAGCUGACAAUUUCCUACCUCGACGAGUGCACGCUAAUUCGGGGUCGUCAUUCACGUCAGAAGUGGCUGUCUGAACACUACCUCUUUUUAUGUGAAUGUCCACGAUGUUGUCGUGAGAAGCAGGAGAACCCCGAAAGUGCUACCUCUUCUGAAGAAUCCGACGACGAGGAAGAUAAGGCGAGCAGCGGAGACGAGCCGAUGAGUAGCUGA